CAUAUAUGGUUGAUGAGAAGGAUUAGUAUAUUCCCAUUGACUCCUUGCUAAAUUUUCAGCUCAUGUUCAUCAUUGGCCUGCUCCAAAACAAAAUCCCAUCCUUUUCUUUUCCUUGUGAAAGCUUAUUUCUUGCCCCCCCCAUUUUGUGGGGGGUGAUUGUGUGAUUUCCACAAGUUGUGGGGUGGGAAAUGGGGAGUGUUGAAGGUGAAGAGGAGCUGGUGAGAGGCAGUGAGGAGAGGAUUAAUGUGUCGGUGCGUUUGAGGCCUUUGAAUGGGAAGGAGAUCUUGAGACAUGAUGUUGCAGAUUGGGAUUGCAUCAAUGAUAACACUGUUGUUUACAAGAAUGUUAAUGUAUCUGCUUCUGAUAGGUCCAUGUAUCCAACUGCUUAUAGAUUUGAUAGGGUGUUUAGGCCCGAUUGCUCGACAAGGGAAGUCUACGAAAGAGCAGCCAAGAAUGUUGCCAUUUCAGUUGUUAGUGGAAUGAAUUCAAGUGUUUUUGCGUAUGGGCAAACGAGCAGUGGGAAGACAUUCACAAUGACUGGAGUGACCGAGUAUGCAAUAGCUGACAUUUAUGAUUAUAUACAGAAGCAUCCGGAGAGAGAUUUCGUGUUGAAGUUCUCUGCUUUGGAAAUCUAUAAUGAGUCCGUCCGUGACCUCCUCAGUGUAGACAGCACUCCUCUUAGGCUCUUGGAUGAUCCAGAGAGAGGGACGGUGGUCGAGAAGCUCACAGAGGAGACCUUAAGGGACUGGGAUCAUGUGAUUCAGCUGCUGUCUAUAUGCGAAGCUGAAAGACAAAUCGGAGAGACAUCCCUUAAUGAAGUCAGCUCCAGAUCUCACCAGAUUAUUCGACUGACGGUGGAAAGCUCGCCCCGUGAGUUUAUAGGCAGGGACAGCGCCGCUCUUGCAGCUGCUGUGAAUUUCGUCGAUCUUGCUGGAAGUGAACGAGCAUCGCAAGCUAAUUCAGCUGGGACGAGAUUGAAAGAAGGGUGUCACAUAAAUCGCAGUUUGCUGACAUUAGGAACUGUCAUUCGCAAGCUAAGCACGGGACGAGGCGGACACAUUCCUUACAGAGAUUCUAAGCUGACGCGAAUCUUGCAAACGUCGUUAGGGGGGAAUGCUAGAACCGCCAUCAUUUGCACAAUGAGCCCUGCACGCAGCCACGUUGAGCAAUCAAGAAACACCCUUCUGUUUGCGAGCUGUGCAAAGGAAGUGACCACCAACGCGCAAGUUAACGUGGUCAUGUCUGACAAAGCUCUGGUCAAGUAUUUGCAACGGGAGAUAGCAAGACUCGAGAGUGAGCUUAGAAAUUCUCAAUCCACUAUGUCCAUGCCAAAUUACUCUGCGAUGCUAAGAGAGAAAGACCUUCAAAUCACUGAGCUUGAGGAGAAGUUGAACGAGGUUAUUCUGCAAAGAGACGUCGCCCAAUCACAAGUGAAAGAUUUGUUGGAAAUAAUCGGAAAGGAAGCAUCCGUGACACGGGAAGGAUCAGGACACUAUCCUCAUCUGCGAGUACAAAGAUCACCCGACAGUACGAUGUCAGAAGAGGAGACGCCACAUUCCUCGGAUGGUGAUGCGAGAUCAUGCUCACAGGGACACAGCAGGACGAGUUCAGAGGCUCAAAUAGUGAAAGUCCCAUAUUUCGACGAGAACAUGGUGCUUGGUAGUGCAUCCCCGAUAAUCUUAGCUUCAAACUCCAGCGACAGUUACUCGGACCAAGGUUGGGAGGAGAUCGAGAAGCAAAGUGAUGGAACGUCGGAGGAGGAUAUAUGCAAGGAAGUGCGUUGCAUCGAGACAGAAGAGCUUGAUGCUACAAACAACAAUUCCAUAUGUUUAGAAGGGGACUCUGAAUUCCCUCAAGAAGAGGUGAUUCCAUAUGUAUACGAACACGUACAAGCCGUGUUAUCACCAUCCGAAAACAAUGAAGGGAUCAAGGAGAAUGAUUGUGCAAUGGAGGAACAGUCGAAGGAACAUGAAGAGAAAGGCUCGUCGUCUCCUCCAUCUAAGGAAGCGAGGGAAGUUAGCCCGAUUCAGUCACCUGAUUUCCUGUCUCGUGCGACACAAGGACUGGAUCAAGAUACACCCUUAGCAACCUUUUUCAAGUUGAGUAAGAGCAGAAGCUGCAGAGCAAGGAUUGCAGACUUGAAUUCACCUUGGCUCGAUUUUAGUGAGAUCACGUCUUUUUUGGGAUCGGAACGAGGAUAUGUGGAUUUUGACAAGAAACAGUCCCCAUUGAGCUUUACUCCCUUGGUUCGAGAUCUAUCAAGGAAGGAUCCUCGGUGUUCGCCCGACCACACAUUCGAUAUCGAGAUGGAUCCAUCCCAAGAUAUACAUACCAAGUGUCAGAGUGUGGAAGAAGUUGAUGAUGAGUCUCCAAAGAGGGAUGUUAAAGAUGUGGGUUUGGAUCCGAUCGUGGACGAGUGCAGAGGUCUUUCGAACUGGGCUGCUGAGUUCAGGAGGCUCCAACGAGAGAUAGUCGAGCUCUGGCACGCUUGCAAUGUCUCGUUGAUACACCGGAGCUACUUCUUCGUGCUCUUCCAAGGGGGCGAUGCUUCGGACGCUAUAUACAUGGAGGUUGAGAUGAGGAGGAUGAAGUUCCUGAGGGACAAAUUCUCUCGAGGCGAGAACACCGUCGUCAACGGGCAAUGUCUAACCUUGGCUCUAAGUAUGAAGGCGAUUCGCGAGGAGAGGCGAAUGCUGAGCAAGAGGAUGUCGAAGAAGCUAUCGGAGCAAGAACGGGAGAGCCUCUUUCUCAAGUGGGGCAUCGGCCUCGACACCAAGCUUAGACGCCUGCAGCUCGCGUACCGAGUAUGGACCAAGACGGAUGACAUGGAGCACGUUAGCGACAGCGCAUUCCUGGUGGCGAAGCUGGUGAGCUCCACGGAACACGGGCAGACGCACCACAAAGAGAUGUUCGGGCUCAACUUCACACCACGGCGAUCGCACAACAGCUUCCGCCGGAGCCUCAUAUCGUUCCUGUGACUACAAUUGGUGUAAAGUUAGCAUCUUACUAUUUUCACUCAUAGAAAGAGGCCAACUAUGUAUGUCGAGCUAUUAUUUUUGUAUAAAUGUUGUAAAUUGUGUACUUAUACACUAUACUAUACUCUUUAGGGCUCAAUUACUUUUUUUGUGAUA